GAGUCGCUCAUCCUCCCAAGCGGAGGAUGACCUCUCGUCACCCAAAUUCAUCCGAGGCGUAAUGUUGACUGCUUCGCUUACUUCGCGCUCAAGGCAUCGCGAUGACUUGUGAUGCUUUGCCUUGUCCCCCACUGACAUUCCGCGUCUCGGGGGUGACGUAGAGAGCAAGUCUGCAUGCAUCAGCCCCGGAAUUCGGAGGCCUAUUUGAGCCUCGCCGCCAUUCGCCGCCUUUCCCCUACGCAUUCGUCACUGCGCUCUCGUUCUCUCUUUGAGUGAUCAUUGCCAUCGUCUGUCGCCAGAUUUCCUCUCGGAUUUGCUUCCUCUCCUCCUCCCGAUCGACGGCCCUGACGUGCAAAUCUGAUUCCAACAUCGUCCGUCCUCGUGCUCCAGUCCUUCAAUCUGAGCGAGUCUGAGUGAUUGUGCUAUUCAUCGAUCGACUGUGAACGAGCAAUCCUACUUAUCAAGCUCAGAUGGAACGAAGGGAAUCAGACAUGACGGCGGACUUGUCAGGCACAGCGAUGGCGCUCGGCGAGCCUUGCACUGGUGGUGGUUGCGGUUAUCCGAGAAGAUGCUGCAAUUCCAUCGUUAGUAGGAACCGCGGUGACAACGAAUGCGAAGAACGACACAGGCUUCCAUCCGGUCUCGGAGUACCGUGGUGCUCGUGGAAUUCUCCCUCGUUCUGGCAACCCGAUACCUUCUUCAGCGUCUCGAAAUGGUAGACAGAGCGAUCGUCGUGUGAACCCCAGCGAUGUCAACGAGUACAAUCAUGGAGGUCCACAUGUAUCGAAGACGGGAAGAGGCAGAGGGAGAGGGAGAUGGAGAAGCGGAACAUCGCCUAGUGGUUGUCGUCGUAGCGUUUUUUGGUUUCGUGUGAUUCCCGAGUCGAGCUCUGGUGAUCGAGAGGAUCGAGUUAGUUAUGGAAGCUGCCCGAUCACGAGGAGUUCAGAUGUUGUACAUGAGUCUCGGACGUUGUGCGAUGAGCAUUGGCCCCCUCUGCGGACAUCGAAUCGUGCCACAGAUGCUGUUGGCAAGUCCCGGCACCUUUUUAAAAACGCUUGUAAUGCAAGGAAAGUUUCAGCCAUGGGUGCCUCAUGCAGCUCAUCGUUUGACGACGAGCCCAGCCGUGGAAGGAGACAGAUCCCAUGGGCAGCUGCUGCAUUGCCCCUCAGGGGGCCGGGACGAAAUCAAGGGCAUCGGAUAAAACCUUCUUCGUAUCCAAGCCAGUGGCUUCGUCAUGCCGUCGCCUCAACCAAAGGGGCUUCUCUCGCUUUCUUUUCUCUUUCUUCUUCAUCUUCUUAUCCGUCUUCACCUUCUUCACCUUCUUCGCCAGCUGCAAGCGAUGUCGAGGUUGCAGUGCAGGAAUUAUGGGGAGCACAGCUCGGUGCUCAUGACCAUGGCGAAGGUCCUAAGUUGUCCAUGUUCGACCAGGAUUUCAUUGUUACGUCUUCACUUCGUGAGCAUCUGCUUCUCAUGAUCGCGUUGAGUAGGAAGGUGGCAAAUGCAGACACCGCCUUUGGAGAAGCUGCUUCUGGGUCCGCUAGACCCAAAAGGCGAGCACAAGUGUUCAAAGGAAACUUCAAGGCAGUAUCAACAUUUGUUGCAUUCAAAUUGGGAAGAGAUGCUCAGCGAGUUCUGCAUGAGCCCAAUGCUGGGGGUAGCUCCUCCAUAUCCGAGUCCCUUUCUGUGGAGUACUUUGCUAGGCGUUUUCAGGCGAGAGACAUCGUGACUGAAAUGGAGGUGGAAUAUUCCAUGAAGAACUGGAAGAAAGUGGAUUAUAUAUGCACUUUGUACGGAGAGCGUGUGGGUGUGUCAGUGACUCGAGCAAUGUCUUAUCCCGAUCCAGAACAGUUCUCCACAGAUACAGCGUAUAGACUUUUGUACAAAAAGCUCUUUGGUCUGGUGGUAGCGAGGCACGGGGUCAAACAGAAACACAACUUCUCUCGGUGCAUUCUGCAUAUUUGGUGCGAGACCCACAGCGCUGCCAAACUCUUGGAGCUCCUUUACCCACGUGUAUCAGAGGAGCUGGAACUGAUUGACGAUGUAAUCAUGUUGCUUACUGUGGCUGAAGGUCUACAUGGACGUCCAAUAUUCUACGAACAUCGUCUUAAAGUGGCAUAAGUGAAAGUCGUGUGUUCUAGCUCUACUAGUGAAACAAUUCUUCUUGCAAGACGUAGCAUACCCAAAGUUAGUAAUUUUGACUAUUUGUUCAUGUUUGAAUGAAGUUGGAUACAUCCCGGUUUCAUGUUUCCAGCGCUCACAUGCAAAACACCUCUUCUAAAUCUUUGGACACAACUCAUGCCUCUUAAUGUCGCUGAUAGUCACGGACUCGUUCAAAGUGCACCACACAUAGAAUGGUGA